UACGCACGGAACGACAAAAAAUAAUCAAUAGAAAACAACAUGCGCCCUGGCGCGUAUUAGACGUAACUUGACAGUAGGAUGAACUAAACAAUGUUAUUUCGUAGUGGAAAUGCGUUAGACUAGACAUAUAAAAAUCACAAAUGUUUGAUAGAACCAAGCAAUGUAAACUGUCGCACAAAAUGAUGAUUCGCUUAAACAAUUUUUUGUAUGUUUUUAAUUUGCGUCAAGGCACAAUUCUUAUCGCCGUCCACCAAAUCGCGCUUUCGUCUUUCGUUUUAAUUAUUUUAUUAGUUGGCAUUUCUCAUGUCGGCGAGAUGUUGUCAAUGCUUCACAACGACAUGGAAGACGAUGCAGAGAGACGAGGUUUCUUUGAGGUGACGUACGACCAGCAGCUCACGUUCCACGAGGGUGAAGUCAUGAGCACGAACAACCAAAGGAGGUUCGCUAAAGCGCAACAUCUGGCUUCAGUGACAGUAAUAUUCCUGUACACGAGCACGAUCCUCACAUCCAUCUACCUCAUGUGCUGCAUCUCGCUGCUGCACGGCGCCGUGAAGUACCGGCGAGAGUACGUGUUACCGUGGAUCCUGGCCGCUUGCGUAGGCGUGGUGUUGCUGCUGGCUGCUAUUAUUGUGGGCGACGGAUACCCCUGCGUUGUCAACUUGUUUGGCGGACAUAACCUCUACCAUUUCGGCUGCGCCCUCUUCGUCCUGACAUUCAUCUACGCGAUCUGCGCGGUGUCGAGCUUCGCCCUGGAGACGGGUGGGCGCUGCCGAGCCGCGCGCGCCGCCAGCGACGAGCGCGGCGAACGCCUGUUGCUACUCGACCACGCGGCGCACUCCAGCCUGCUGUCGGCCGCGCAGCUCAACAAGCUCACCAACACAAGGACGCACUUCGUUUAAGGCGGCGAUCCGUACAGUGUGGUAAUCGCAUAAAUUAUGCUGUCAAACAGUCUUUUAUUGUUCAGAGAGGGUUUGAUGAAGGUUGAAUCGGGCGCGGAUAUCGCCUAUGACAGAUGCUCAGUGUAAAUACUGGGUAAUCUCAUAACUCAUCCAAAUAAAAAGUUAAUUGUGUUAAUUUAAAAUUGAAAGGAAAAUAUGCGACUCUGUCCCAUUUAGAAAAGAUUACAACUUGAUUAAUACGUAUUAAAAUAAUACGUAUUAAAAAAAGGGAUGAACUCUGUUGAAAUUUGAACCUUCUGUGCUUAUCCAAAAACUUAGUCCUUACUCUUAGCAAUAUCACGCUAUAUAAUUAUUAAUGAUUAUUACGCUAGUACGUUAACGGCUGAUGCAACUAAGUAUUAUAAAAUAUAAGACACGCCUAAUCUCAUCUGGCUCUAAAUCCAGUCCUUUAUUACCAUAAACAUGUACCUGGGGGCCUACCACGAAAUCGAAAUUCGCAAAUUGCGGGGAUCUUUCUCUUUUACUCUAAGUAAGACGUAAUUAGAGUGACAGAGAAAAAUGCCCGCAAUUGACGAACUUCGAUUUUCGCGGUUAUAGCGCUGUAGUCCUGUAUACACUAUACAACUAUAUGUAUAUGUAGAAGUAAAUUGAAGCAUCAGCUUUUUUAGAAGUUUUCUAGCUAAUUUUUUGCUUAAAGAAAUAAGAUUACACUUUAAAUGACUGGUGAAAGGUUUCUGAUAUAAGAAAAAGCAAUACUAAAAUAUUACAUAUACACCAGCUUUAUGGUCGAAAUUACUUGGGAUAAACAAUCUUUAACCUAACCAUGUGGGCACGAUGAAUUAAUAAACGGAUACUUUUGAAAUUUAUGUUUAUCCCAGAAAUUUCAACUAUAGGUACCUUUAUUUACGUCCAAUUACUAGUGCAUUAAGUAGACAUGCUUAGAGUCAAUGAUACUUAGUACUAUCAUUAUUUAUUGUGAUAUUUUAAUUAUAGAGUGCAAUUAAUAAAUGAUAAGUUAUAUUUAAUUGCAAUGGUACAAAAAACAAGUUAAAAGCAAAUCAAAUGUUUAAGGUGAAAAAUAUAUUAUAAUUUUAUUAUAAGAUAAAGGUGUUCUUUAGUAAAUACAAUGAUAUUAAAAACGCUUACAAUACAUAUUAUAUAAAAUAUGAUUAUGUUUAGCAGUCAUAAAUCAAGCUUUUGAAAUUAUGCUAUGUGAAAGUAAAGAACAAUCUUUUGUAA